UUCAGGUUUUCAAUGAUGGAGAAAAGCUUCGACUUUGUUGCAUUACUGCAGAAUCAUGAGAAUCAUGAGAAACAACACAAAUGUAAACCUGUACAAUUUUCCAGCGUUGCAAAUGGGGUUAAAAGACGGCUUGAUUCAAAUAUAAAACGGAGAAGAAGUAGUCGUCUAACUGUUUUUGAUAAAAUCCGAAAUAUACAACAAUUAGAAAAAAUAGACAGCCCCUUGCCAAAGUCAGACAAACAACAAAAAAUAGAGCACAGAAGAAUGCAAUUAGAGAAAUGGAAGGAAGACAAAGAAAAGAAAAAGAAGGAGGCGGCCACACAAAAGAAAAAGCCCUUUAUAGUUGGAGUUGCUCAUGCACCACCUAGGUUUGUCCCGCCUCCACCACCCCCUAAAGUGAUGCCAAGUACAUCAGGAAGGGUGACCAGAUCACAGUCCAGAAACAAGGCCAGUCAGCAAGGCUCUGCUACAAGACAUACUGUACCAAACCAAAGUAAAACAUCAUUUGCACCACUUGAUGCAACAUUCCGUCCUCCUCAAUUAAAACAUUUGGAAACAGUCCCUACUCUUACUUUACCAAAAAGAAAAGGCAAAGCAGCCAGUAUGGUAAAGUUUGAGCCACAUGCACCUAAUAGAGAUGUGAAAUCAAGCACUAAACCCAAUUUAAAAGCAAAAUUCAAUAGCAACAUGAAGAAAACCACACAAUAUAGCACUUCUACCUCUGGAAGUAGCAUGGAAAGUGAGGAAAAUGGGCCAGUUAAGAAACCCAUCAGAAAAUCUAAAGAGCCCAUUAUCAAUAAUAAAACACAGAAGUCUAAUAAACUAAUCAAAAAACUAUUACACAACAGCACAAAUUCUACAGAAACUGAUUCAUCUCCUGUAGAAGUUAAAGUUAAGACACCUAGGAAGUCAAAGGAAGCAAAUAAAACACCAGACAAGAAAAAUUUGAAGAAAUCUGUUAUAAGCAUAAAUAGUUCCAGUUCGGAAACAAGUAUGGAAUCUCCAGCGGCAAAUAAGAGGACUCCAAGAUCAUCACUAGGUAAAAAAUACCAACCAAGUAAAAUGAUACAGGGCUCAAAUUCAGACAGCAGUAUGGGAUCUCCCAUUGAAAAUAAAAUGAAAACAGCCCGAAAGUCUAAUCAAGCGUCCCCGGUAAAGCGAACACCUCUCAAACCAAUACCAAAGAGUGAAUCAAGUUCCGAAGAAAGGUUAAGAUCUCCCAAGUCUCCUGUAGAGGUCAUGAUGACCCCAGAGCAGAUUGUAGCAGAGGCAAAGAGAAUUAGUCCCUGUGUCACCCUGUCGAGAGGAAAGGACAAUGCUCGUAGGGAAAUGAAACAGAAGAUUGCUGAAGGUCUCCUAGAUGAAGAUCUCAAUGAUAUGGAAAGCAUAGAUCAUUUCAAAAAGCAGUUGAAUUCUGAGAUCAAAAGGCUAUCAGAAUUGUGUGAUACCUGGGAUAAGAUUUCAGAACAAAAUAUUAAUUUGCCAGAAGUUGUUCAGGAAGCGAUUCUAGGAGCGGUGGGUCAAGCACGCCUGCUGAUGACGCAGAAACUCCAGCAGUUUGCCGGUCUGGUCGCAAGGUGCGAGACACCAGACCCUUCGCAGCCGCUUGUCACAGCUGUUGAUUUGCACGGUUUCUGGGAUAUGGUAUUUAUGCAGGUAGUUAACGUAGACAUGCGUUUCAAGAAGCUAGACAAGAUGAAGGCUCGCAGCUGGACCGUGGAGGAGCAGCCUGUGGUACAGAGGAGGAAGGUGGUCAGCAAGCCGAAGACCACCAAACCGGCGGCUACAAGCAGGAUCAGGGAUAUGAUUGCUGCCGCACGUAAAGCGAAAAAAGAACAAGAGCCGAAAGCAGAAGAAACACAGCAAGCAGACGACAGCAAGACGUUCGAAGCUGGCUUCUUCAGCGUGCGGUCGCCGGUUCGAUGCCCGCCGAUAAGCACGCCUAAUAAACCUACUUUGUUGAAAGCAGUGUUGUCGAGUGAGGCAAAGAAAGCGUCCGCUUCUAAGAAUUCCGCAUCGUUCGCAAUGCUGCGCGCCUCUAUGUUCGGCAAGAAUGUGGAACAAGAACCUACUUCUGAUAAUGAGAACCUACUACAAUUCACACCAGUAAAUCUACAUGCGACACCCGGCCGCAGCAUUCUAAAAUCGGGCACCGCACAAUCGAAAAAAUCGAUAAAAUGCGUUCUCUUCGACAGUUCCGAUACGGACAUUCUAGAUAAUUCCAUAGACAAGGAUAUGAGUGGAAUACAGCAGUUGGAAGAUACGGAAUUGUGUAUGGAUCUCGAAAAGGAGAACAGAAAGAAGUUGGUCAGGCAAGAUGCGGUAGAACAGAGUCCCAUCAUGACCAGGAAUAGACGGAAGAGUCUGCAAACGCCGAAUAAAGAAGAUAUUGUGGUAAAGAAGAUUCUAGAAGAGAGUGACUUGAAUACGUCGACACGUCCGCGGCGGGCUACAAGGAAGAAGUCACUCGUUGAUGUUGCAUAGUGUACUAGUGUAUUUGGAAGUUCUGUGAAAAUAGUGAUAGUGAAAUGGUUCAAAUUUUAUUGUGUUGUAGCAUAUUUUGAGCUGAGGUUGCAGGAAAUGAUAGUCUUUUUAGAUUAGAUUGAAUAAGAUUGUAUGGAAGUAUACUUGAGGUUUGUGUACCAGUGCUUUUUUAUAUUUAUCUUCAAUAGGGUAGUAUCAGUUUUAAAUUUUUAUGUACAUUACAGAAUAUGUCAUGUUAUGUUUUUUAUAAAUUAAGUAACUGACUGACUGACUGAAGUUUUGGUAAUAAGUAGUUUAUCAUUGUGACCAGUUUAGAAAUAUCUGAAAUUGCCAUAUUACUAAAUUACUAGUGAAUAAGAUAAUAAUUAAGUUUGAUAAACAGAUUUGUUUCAAUGUAACAAAGCUUAAAAACAGGAAUUUACGGUAAAUAUAUUGACGCGUAGGUUGAAAUCGGCGGGACCAUUAUAUUAGUUAUGUAUUUUUAACUGACACUUCCAAAAAAACUAUGUUCUUAAUUUUUUGCCAUUUUGUGCAGAGUACUUUCUGUACAUUUUUUGUUAAAAUUUUACCCUUGACCUUAAUAAUUGGAUAUGACAUUGUUUAUGAUUUUGAUUUAAUUUAAUAACAUUUGACAUAAUUAAUAUUAUUAAUGGAUCUAUUAAUACUGUUUUAAAAUAGUUGUAACAGUGGGAAUGUGUUUUAAAUAUUUAAUUUUUGUUUAUAUCUUGAAUGUCUAGUUCAGAAUCAUGUAUCUUUUAUUAUGUUAAUUUUAUUCUAAUAAGUUUGGGGUAAAUUUUAGACACGCAAUAUAUUUAAAUUUAUAUUAUAAUAUUAUAAACUUAUGCUUUGAUAUAAAAAAAAAUCUUUCCUAUCAGUACCUUUCCUACUGUUUUUUUUGUAACAUUAAUUUGUAAAAACCGAUUCCUUUCUUAAAAUUAUCAAUUAUUUGUGUGAUAUUAUAACUCAUUAGAGCAUUAGAUUUAUAAUAUUAUAAUUUAAAUAAAAACACACAAACUAUUCAAGGUUUUAUAUAGGUACUAAUUAAUUACAAAAAGUAUACAUAUUAUGUAACUAUCCUAAUGACUGUAAAGAAAUUGGAGCCCCAGCAAUAAACAUUAUUAAGAUUAUGAAAAUUGAAAAAUAUAAUAUUUCCCCAUACAUAAUAUGGGAUGAAACAUUUAUAAAGAAAUAUCAACAAAGUGGUUUUUGUUCGGUAGAUAGUUUCGUAUUGUAAUAAUUAUGACAUUGAUAUAUUUAAAGUUUAGAAGUAAUUGUGGAAUGUUGCUGUGUGAUGGUUUGUGCCUUGUUUAUUGUAAUGUAUAAUUUUAUAUAAAUAAAGAUUUAAGACUUAA